AUGUGGAAACCCAGCGCUUUUGCCUUUCUCUUCCGUCUUGUUUCCUGCCAGGUUAUCAGCAACCCCAAGCCUGAGGCUUUCACCGAUUUCACCAAUUAUAUCUUUUGGUAUCCUGAAGUCGACGCCGUACAAUGGCACACGUUGUACGCUCGCUCUCUCCAGCUGCCCGAUGAGUCGCUGCUCAUUACGUGGGAGAACUACCCAAAGGAACCACCACUAGUGAACCACCCCAUCUACAAAUCAGUCGAUGGAGGAUCAACCUGGACCAAUUUCUCCGCAGUCAAGGACGAGGAAAAUGGCUGGGGCAUGCGUUUCCAACCCGAGCUCUUCACCUUGCCGGUGGACUUCGGUGGAUACGCCGCAGGGUCUAUUCUUGCUGCGGGCGUAUCGUCCCCGGUCACUCUCGAGGGCGGCGUGUAUAUCGAUCUCUAUGUCAGUGAAGAUGAGGCCGCAACUUGGACAUUCGUCAGCCACAUCGCCUACGGCGCGGGCCCGGAGACCAUCACAAACGGAAAUGCCGCCCUCUGGGAACCUUGGUUGAUGCUGUAUGACGGGAGGAUAGUCUGUUUCUUCUCUGAUCAGCGUGACCCGCUACACAGCCAGAAGCUGGUCCACGUCACCACCACUGACCUCCAGCAUUGGUCGAACCCUGUCCCGGACGUAGCAUACUCGACACAGACCGAUCGACCCGGCAUGACAACAGUCGCGCACAUCGAAUCAACGGAUUUCUACAUUAUGACAUACGAGUAUUGCGGCCAGGGUAACUGUGAUGUGUAUUACAAGGUCGCCUCGUCCCCCUUGGAAUUCAAUUCGGCCGAGGGAAUUCCACUCGCCUCCAACGGUACGAAGCCGAUCACACCCCACAACACGCCAUAUGUGAUCUGGACGCCACACCCUGAUCGGACUGAUGGGUCUGGACUGAUUAUUGUCAGCGCCCUUAGCCAUGAGGUAGUCUUUGUGAAUGAGGAUUCAGCAGACCCAGGCGGGUGGAAGACAGUGGACGUGGGCAUGUGGUCAGCCUAUUCACGGAGCAACAUGGGCAACCCGGAGGAUAAUUCCGUUGCGUGUGGUGUCGUUGAAAUCCCUACUUAA